AUGGACAACCAAUCUAGUGAUAUUCGCGCGCAGUUUCCGUCGCACUAUGAGCCCCGAGUAUGGCUGAUAACCGCGGGGGACUCGCCGAUCGGUCUCUCAGUCGCGCGGCAGGUCCUCGCGCAUGGAGACUUCGCAUUUCUCGGACUGGCACACACGGCCUUGGAACGCGAUGAGCGUCGUCGCGAUGAAUUCGAUGCUUUCCUCGCCGAAGUUGCGCAACAUCACGCUGAUGGGUGGGCGCAGCGCAUGAAGACGGUCCCGCUCGAUAUCCGGAUGAUGGGUGAAUGCCAAGCGGUCGUGGCAGACGCAGUCGCAACAUUUGGAAAGGUGGAUAUACUUCUUUGCUGUACAAGUCAAAGCACAGUUGAAGAGCUUGCCGCAUCAACGCAAACUCAGAACCUUGUGCGCGACCAAUUUGAAGUCAACUAUUUCGGUCCAUUGAAUAUCAUCAAGGCCGCGCUUCCGCACAUGCGCCGGGAACGAUCGGGCCAUGUGAUGAUCAUAUCAGGAAUCAUCACCAGCGUCCCUCCAAUCUUCCCCGCAUACUCGCCCGCCAACAAUCAAGCACCCCUCUUCCGUGGGAUCCUCAACCAUUUGGUUCCACAGCUCCCCGAUGCUGUUGCGGCUUCGGGGAGCCCAGCUACACCCAGUCGAGCCCAAGAUGAGAGCAGCCGAGUUAGCUCCAUUGAGAAUGGUCCAUUCUCUGCGCCCGAGGUUGUUUCCAUGCAUCCGCCCUUGAGCUCUGCGCACCUUGAGGUGUUGGUUGAGGAAACAGUAUAUGCUAUCACGUCAAUUGGUGGGCAUGAAAAUCCUCCUUCUCGUCACAUCGUCGGGCAAGAAGGCGUGGCUAGCGUUAAGGAAAAGCUCAAGACCGUGAGCGAGGAGCUUGAAGAUUUUAUUCAAGCUAGCUUUGCUGUUGAUGUAGCAGCAGACUCGGAUCCCAUGCCUCCCAUGUCUGAAAUGCAUGGAGGAUUUUAG